AUUUCUUCUCAAAAACCUGAAUUUGCAGUCGAAGGUCCAUCUGCGGUGAGAGAGACGACCGAGAGAGAGAGAGAGAGAGAGAGAGAGAGAGAGGCAAAUCAGGCGAGAACUAAAUCACGAGACAAAGAAGCAUUCGCCGGUGAAGAUGGGGCAAUUGGUUAUUCCGAUUGAAGUAAAUUACAGAAUCAAAGCAUAAACCAUUCACUCGCAGACCAAGACAAGUACUCCUAUAAUAUACAUACGUACGGUGAGCAAACAUACCGGGGGAAGACGACGGAAACGGGUCGGCUACCUUCUGAUGGAUCCGAACAUGGAUCUGCUGCAGGAAUCGGGCUGGGAGGAACUCAGAAAGGAGGCUCGCAAGAUCGAGAGCGAUCUCGACGUCAAGCUCUCCUCUUACGCUAAGCUCGGGGCUAGGUUCACCCAAGGCGGUUACGUGGAUAGUGGGUCACCCACUGUUGGAUCCAGCAGGUCAUGGAAGUCCAUGGAAAUGGAAAUCCAAUCCUUGCUUGAGAAAUUAGUAGAUAUCAAUGACGCUAUGAGUCGAUGUGCUGCAUCUGCUGCUCCUACUACAUCCGUCACCCAAAAGCUUGCGAGGCAUAGAGACAUACUUCACGAGUGUACUCAGGAGUUUAGACGAAUAAGGGGAAACAUAAAUUCAAUGAAAGAACAUGCGGAGCUUCUCAGUUCUGUAAGAGAUGAUAUCAGCGAGUACAAGGCCUCUGGGAGUAAGUCACCAAGAAUGCAUUUGUUACGGGAGAGAGCUGCCAUACAUGGGAGCAUAUCUCAUAUAGAUGAUGUUAUUAGUCAGGCUCAAUCGACAAGGGCAGCUUUAGGGUCACAAAGGGCUUUUUUCGGUGACGUUCAGGGGAAAGUGAAACUCCUAAGUGACAAGUUCCCCAUCAUUCGUGGCUUACUUGGUUCCAUCAGAAGAAAGAAAUCAAGAGACACUCUCAUCCUUUCUGCUGUCAUCGCUGCUUGUACGUUGUUUCUUAUUAUCUAUUGGUUUUCAAAGUAACCAGUAAAGAUGUGAGUGGAUGUUACAGGGGAAAAGAAUGAAAAAUGAAAAAUACGGUGAUUUUGUUAAAGGACUUUGCAUAUGUAAUUUGUUAGAAUGGAAUAAAUUUCACUGUUUAAAAGCUGAUGGCAACAUUUUUGUGGUUGCCAUAUUCUGACAA